UCACGUGAAAAUCACAUGUCUCUGUCAACACUUCCUGGUUUCGAGGUUUGUGCAGCAAUGCAGGUUUGGCUUCAUGUCGCGGUGAUUUUAAGCGUUUUCUGUGAAUUAUCAGAAGGUGAUGAAUUUUGCUUUGCAUCAUAUUAUGGAGAGCACAUGGUCCUGCAGAGAGCUCCAGAGAAAGCCGUGGUGUGGGGGUAUGGCACAGCUGGAGCUGAGGUUCAGAUCACUUUAGCAGGACCACAAAAUGAACAAGUAAAAUCUGUUCCUGUCCUUGAAGGCAUUUGGAAGGUGAUUCUUGAUCCGGUUCAGGCUGGUGGUCCCUAUAAUCUGACUGCUGUUCAGAAAGGAAACAAGAUUGUACUCACAGACGUGCUGUUUGGAGAUGUUUGGUUAUGUGGUGGCCAGAGCAACAUGGCCUUCACACUCGGUCAGGUAUAUAAUGCCUCAGAGGAGCUGGCCAUGGCCACUAAGUUCCCUAAUGUCAGGGUCUUCCAGGCUGCACUGGAGACGAGCAGUGUUGAGUUGAUUGACCUUGCAGGUGUUGAGGUACCAUGGUCCCGUCCUACACCAGAGAUCCUUGGAGGAAAGGAUUUCACCCACUUCUCAGCCGUUUGCUGGUUGUUUGGCCGCUACCUUUACGAGAGUCUGAAAUAUCCGAUCGGGUUGGUGGAGUCGUGUUGGGGUGGGACCCCUGUAGAGGCUUGGUCCUCCCUCAGAGCACUACAGAGCUGUGGCCUCAAGGAACCUGAGAGCAGAUCCCCAGUAUACACUUUUCCCAAGAGUGCCAUGAGUAACAGCUUAUCAUACACUGAUGAUGAACAGUGGAAUAAAGAGUGGAGCAGUACAGUGUUAUGGAAUGCCAUGAUCCACCCUCUGCUCAGCAUGACCAUCAAAGGAGCCAUAUGGUACCAAGGUGAAGCCAACGCACAGUACAACCAGGACAAGUACUCAUGCACUUUCCCAGCUAUGAUCGAUGACUGGAGAAUGGCGUUCCACACAGGCUCGGAGGGCCAGACUGCACAAGAUUUCCCAUUUGGAUUUGUACAGCUGAGCACCUAUAGGAUAGCCACACAGGAUGGAUUUCCAGAGAUUCGCUGGCACCAGACAGCAGACUACGGCUUUGUUCCAAAUGAGCGCAUGAAGAAAACUUUCAUGGCUGUUGCUAUGGACUUACCAGAUGUGUUUUCACCCUGGGGCAGCAUUCACCCACGGGAUAAACAGGAUGUAGCGUACAGGCUGGUGCUUGGUGCGCGAGCUAUAGCCUAUGAGGAAACGGGCGUGUCCUUCAAGGGUCCUUUUCCCAUCCGGGUCCUGAUUGAGAACACCACCAUAAUCAUCACUUACGAUCAAAAAAUCAGAGCCACGCUUUCCAGUGGCACUUUUGAGAUCUGCUGCUCUAAGGAGAAGAAACCGUGUACCUCAGGUUCCCAAUGGAUUCCUGCUCCAAUGAAGCAAAAGGAAAGUGAUUAUGUCAUGAUAUCAAUAGCUGAGUGUCCCGUUGAUAAUGUAACUGCUUUGCGUUACGCGUGGAGAGACUGGCCGUGUGCUUUUAAAGCAUGUCCCAUCUACAGCGCAGACGGAGUCUUACCUGCUCCACUGUUCAUCAUUGAACAAUGGCCAACACACAGCUGAUGAUGGAGUCAAAAACAGUUCCUCUGUACAUACAGUAUGUGGAAGAAAUGAAAUACUUUCAAGACACGCCGCAUGAUCGUAUUUAUGAAUUGAACAGUUGACAGCUGGGGAUAUCACAAUUUUUCUGCAGGUGGUCCGUCAGCGAUUUAAGGUACUAAUGGGGUUAUUAGUUCAAAUCCCAGAACCGUCUGAGAGCUACGUUUGGGCAUUUGAUGAUUCUGAUGUAUGAGGUGAACUUGGCAGUGGGUAGGAAUUGACAUGACAAAAGUAAGCCAAAUGAGAAAUACACUUUUGGUGUAUAUGCUGCUACUCCAUGAUUAACCUGCAGGUGGCGAUAUUGUCAAAGCGUGCAGACACGGUUGGGAGUCUAGGAAAUUUCUGAAGUGUAUGUACAGUGGAUAUAAAAAGUCUACACGCCCUUGUUAAAACGGCAGGUUCCCACCUUUAAUGUGAAAUUGCAGAGUAUACAAAUAAAGUGGCAAACAGUCAGACACAUUUUAGGGAAAAAUAAAAAUUUACAAUAACCUAGUUGCACAAAUGUGCACACCCUUUUAUAAUGGGGCGAGAAAAGAUCUGACGAUUUACGUGUCAUUCUUUUACUUCACAAAAACCUGCCAUUUUAACAGGGGUGUGUAGACUUUUUAUAUCCAUUGCACAUAGUGGUUAAAUCAGUUUACCAUUUUUGACAUAUUUGCACUCAUAUUUUUCUUUAAUUUUCUUCAGUUGCUGUAAUAGGAAAAUAAAUAAAUGUAAUUUGUUAUGAAAAUAUGCGUAAAUUAUUAUUAAAAUGUAAUAUAUUUUUGUUGUAAUUCACAAUUACUAAUCAUGUUGGCUUGCUUUUCACACUAAUUUUCACACAAACAGCAAUAAAGCACUCAGAUUUACCAAAGAGA